AUGGUUGAACUGGAUCAUAACCAAAAACCAACAACAUCUCAAUUUACACAGGAUAUUUCUUCGAAUAUUUUUAGAUCGAAUGACGAAAUUAUGAGAUUGAAGAGAUUGAGAAGAUUCAAACGUCAAUUCUCAAUUUAUGUUCAAACCGAUGAUGUGAGUCCAAUUUAUUUUCCAUUCACUUGAUUGUUUCUAUUUAAUUUUUCAUUGUUUGAAACAGAACACGACCAGAAAUAAAAUUAAUCUUUAUAAAACUUAGCGUUCUCUUGGGCUAACAAAUUUUCUCUCUUUUUCCUUUUUUUCAAAAUGUUUUUCAUUGAACUCAAAAUAGGCAGAGUCUAGACAAGAUAAUCUUUCAGUACAUAUUUCAUGACAAUAUUCCGAGAAAAUAAGAUCAUAAAGAUCCACGAAUUGUUUUCUUGAUUUUACAAACAUCUUCAAAAUCUAUAUUAAUUGAGCAAAAACCAAGUCAUAGAAAAUAGAUCAAGUUAAACAUAGAACCAUUUUUUCAUCACAUGCUAACCCUUAUAAUGACGAUAGUCAAAGUUCUUAUCAACAAAUCAAGAAACAUAUUUUACAGAUUGAUAAAAACGAUGGUAAAGAUGAUGAUCAACUUUUCAAAUACCCUGGUGAUUUGAGAGGAAUUAAAAGAAAACGAAUUAUCGUGAAAAAGUUAGUUGAAAUUUAAUACAAUUCAAUACCGAAAUUCCAAAUUUCCAGACCUAUCAAUGAAAAACGCAAAACAUUUUCACAUCAACAAUCAAUACAACAAAAAGAUGAUCCCUCUGAUGGAGAUGAGAAAAUCGAAAUUGAAUCUGGAAAAAAUGAAAACUGUGAAGCGGAGAAUAAAGCAACAUGUGAAAAUUCUGGUAGUUUGAAAAUCGAUAAUUAA